AUAAAAGAAAGCAAAAAAAGCAAAUACUAGCAAAUGAUAAAUCAGAUAACUACUACGAAGACAACACUGAUGAAUUGUUUAAUGAACUAGAAUAUGAGAACAAAGAAUUGGAAGAAUUUGAAAGUUUUUCAUCCAAUUGUGUCUCAUCUGAUGAGGAGAAUACUAUGAAAAUGAAUAAGGAUGAAAGAAUG